AAGAUGGCCGCGGAGCUGUACCCGGCCGCCGGCGCCGCGGCCGCCACCGCCACGGACAUCGCCAACAGCAACGCCGCCGCCGCCGCCGGCAGGAAGGGCCCACCCAGCGCGCCGCCUCCCGCCCCGCCGCCGCCCGCGCCCGCGCCGCCCGCGCCCGACAACAACAACUUGGAGAGCCCCAACUGGCAGUCCUUCCACCCGACCCUGCGCGAGAGGAACGCGCUGAUGUUCAACAACGAGCUCAUGGCCGACGUGCACUUCAUCGUGGGGCCCCCGGGGGCAGCCCGCAGGGUGCCUGCCCACAAGUAUGUCUUGGCGGUCGGGAGCUCCGUCUUCUAUGCCAUGUUCUACGGCGACCUGGCAGAAGUCGAGGCAGAAAUCCACAUCCCCGACGUGGAGCCUGCAGCUUUUCUGAUCUUGUUAAAGUACAUGUACAGUGACGAGAUCGACCUGGAAGCCGACACGGUGCUGGCCACCCUCUACGCUGCCAAGAAGUACAUCGUCCCCGCUCUAGCAAAAGCCUGUGUCAAUUUCCUGGAGACGAGUCUGGAAGCCAAGAACGCCUGCGUCCUGCUGUCCCAGAGCCGGCUGUUUGAGGAGCCGGAGCUGACCCAGCGCUGCUGGGAGGUCAUCGAUGCACAAGCCGAGAUGGCCCUGAGGUCUGAAGGCUUCUGCGAAAUCGACUGGCAGACGCUGGAAAUCAUCGUGACACGGGAGGCGCUCAACGCCAAGGAGGCGGUGGUCUUCGAGGCCGUCCUGCACUGGGCCGAGGCAGAGUGCAAGAGACAGGGCUUGCCGGUCACCCCGCGCAACAAGAGGCACGUCUUGGGGCCUGCCCUCUACCUGGUCCGAAUUCCCACCAUGACCCUGGAGGAGUUUGCCAACGGCGCCGCCCAGUCGGACAUCCUGACCCUGGAGGAGACCCACGACAUCUUCCUGUGGUACACGGCGGCCAACAAGCCGCUCCUCAGCUUCCCGCUGACCAAGAGGCAGGGCCUGGCCCCGCAGCGGUGCCACCGCUUCCAGUCUUCCGCCUACCGCAGCAACCAGUGGCGCUACCGCGGGCGCUGUGACAGCAUCCAGUUUGCCGUGGACAGGAGGGUGUUCAUCGCGGGGCUGGGCCUAUACGGGUCCAGCUCCGGGAAAGCCGAAUACAGCGUCAAGAUCGAACUGAAGCGGCUGGGGGUGCUCCUGGCUCAGAACCUGACCAAGUUUGUGUCGGACGGCUCCAGCAACACCUUCUCGGUGUGGUUUGAACACCCCGUGCAGGUGGAACAGGACAGCUUCUACACGGCCAGUGCCGUACUGGAUGGCAGCGAGCUCAGCUACUUUGGGCAGGAGGGCAUGACCGAAGUACAGUGCGGGAAGGUGACCUUCCAGUUCCAGUGCUCCUCGGACAGCACCAACGGGACCGGGGUCCAGGGUGGGCAGAUCCCCGAGCUCAUCUUCUAUGCCUGAACUGCCGAGGGGUAGCCCAGACGCGCUAGGACGCGCACCAGCAGGAGGCCUUUCUCUGCAGCCGGCCCCGCCGGGGAGGGACGUGCAGCAGACUGUGCGACCCCUUCUCCCCCUUGCCAGCUGCCUUACCAACAGCAUUAAAGGCUUCGCUU